AUGGAUGAAUCUUUACCAGGAAACUUAAGAGAUGAAGGUAUUUAUGAAUCAAUGGAUGAAUCUUUAUCACGAAACUUAAGAGAUGAAGAUGAACAUGAAUCAAUGGAGAUGCAUCAGGAGGGGUUGUUACCGGGAAACUUAAGAGAUGAAGGUGAUUAUGAAUUAAUGGAGUCGCAUCAGGUUGAAUUGCUACCAGGAAACUUAAGAGAUGAAGGUGAUUAUGAAUUAAUGGAGUCGCAUCAGGAUGAAUUGCUACCAGGAAACUUAAGAGAUGAAGGUGAUUAUGAAUUAAUGGAGUCGCAUCAGGUUGAAUUGUUACCAGGAAACUUAAGAGAUGAAGGUGAUAAUGAAUCAAUGGAGUCGCAUCAGGAUGAAUUGUUACCAGGAACAUCCAGAGACAAUUCCAGAAAUGGUGAACAAAAUGAAAAUCUAGAAAGUCUUCCAUAUGAUUUAUUAGAGUUCAAUGCUUCCAAUGGUAAUAGGAUUCAUGGUAGCAACCCUGAUGCCGAAGAUAGGUAUACUAGACUUACCACGAAACACCACCGAUACCCAAAAUGGAAAUGGAUUCUGAUGAAAAUUAACAACACAGAACUGACGUAUGUGAUUUUUGCUGUUACAUUUGUUAUUGUUUUUAUUAUUGCUGUUGGCUGUAUGGUUAUACUGUACAAGAAAUACCAUAUUCAUGGCUUCGGAAUAGAUCGUCUUUGA